UAAAAUUUUGUAAACAAAAACACCGUUCUGCAAAGCUUGCGAAUUUAGAAACAAAUUAUGAUGGAACAACGAUUUUAGGAGUUAUUGUGGCCUUCAAAAAUGAAAUCUUUCGUAUUUUUCGCAGUGUUAGUGCACAUUUUAUUCCUGUUGUCAAUAUUCUACAUCUAUUUCCAAUCGCCCAUUCAAGCUGAUCUUCCCAUUGGGCGUGAUAGCGAUGAUUCCGUUGCAAACCGGGUGAUUGUUUUCGUUGCUGACGGUUUAAGGGCCGAGUCGUUUCUCAAGCACCAGGCUAACAGGACAAAAUAUUUACAAAGCAUUAUUAAUUCCAAAGGAGCGUUUGGAAUAUCGCACACCCACGUUCCAACGGAAUCACGCCCAGGUCAUGUGGCAUUAUUCGCAGGGCUAUAUGAAGACCCAAGUGCAGUUUUCAAAGGCUGGAAAGAAAACCCAGUCGAGUUUGAUUCAGUUUUCAACCGCAGUUACUUGUCAUUCACCUGGGGCAGCCCGGAUAUUUUGAAUAUUUUUUCGAAUAAAAAUACACCUAGUCACAUCUACGCAGACUUUUACCCUGCUGAAGAUGAACAAUUUUCGCAAACCUCAAACACUAGUGUGUUAGAUAUAUGGGUAUUCGACAAGGUCAAACAAUUCUUAAAAAUGUCGAAAAAUCGAGAAACGCUGCAGACCAACAAAAAAGUCGUAUUAUUCUUACAUUUAUUAGGUCUAGAUACAUCGGGACACGUCCAUAAGCCGUAUUCAAGUUUAUUUACAGAAAAUUUAAUGAUAGUUGAUGAAGGAAUCCGUCAAAUAUCUACGGCUUUAGAAGAAGCUACAAAUCAUGAUGGAAAAACAGCUUUCAUUUUUACGUCUGACCAUGGGAUGACAGAUCGUGGGUCCCAUGGCUCGGGACAAGCCAUGGAAACUGAAACACCUUUUGUGGCUUGGGGAGCAGGAAUUCAGCAUUGGAAAGAUUCAUGGGUCAAUGAUUAUAUAAAAACCAAAUACAUCGACGGAGUUCUAGUGCCAUCGUGGGAUAUAAAUCAAGCGGAUGUUGCUCCCUUGAUCGCAUCGUUAUUAGGUCUGGCAAUUCCGAAAAAUAAUUGUGGGAAGCUGCCCCGUCAAUAUUUAAAUACUUCAGAGGAAUAUAUAGCUGAGUCUUCUUUGAAGAAUACCGAGCAAUUAUACCAAAAAUAUUAUCAUUUGAAACAACAGCAUGUUAAAAAGUUAUUCGAAUGGAAAUUAUCGAAUAAGGAAACCAAUUUCAACAUUGUGCUAGAGAAACUUCGAAAUGAUAUAACUGAAGCAAUGGAAGCUAAAAACUAUCAACAAGUGAUUUCGCUGGCGGAUGUCAUGAUUGAUGUUACAACGGAUGCCAUAGAUUUUUAUCACACUUAUUACAAGUAUGAACUUCUUAUUUCGAUGACUAUUUCGAUGGUCGGGUGGAUUUGCAACGUCGUCCUCAAACUAUUAAAUAAGCCUAUCAAACUAACUUUCACAAACUCUCCGUACAACAUAACAAUAUGUGGAAUUAUGUUGCUUAUUGUCGUUUUCAAUACACUUCAAGGAACCCCGGCACUGGUAAUCUUUUAUUUUGUUCUUCCUUGUAUCAUUUGGAUGCCAGUUUUACCAAAUCAUCAAUUACUGACGGAACUGAUUAGUUUUAAAAGUGUCAAACGAACGAUUACUUUUAUUGGAUUACUGGAGCUAUGCGUGUUUUCAUUUUUCCACCGGCAAAUACUCAGCUUGUUACUUGUUAUGAUAACAGUGUAUUUGGUGUAUUGUCUCAAACAACGUUCCUACAAUAUCAACUCAUGCUGGAUCAUUGUAAUAAGCAAUUUAGCUUUGUCUACAUUUCCAAUGAUUCCCGUGGUGGACAAAGAUGCACACAACUCACAGCUGCUAGUUCUCGGUCUAGUCAUGUGGUUAUUAACAAGUGCCUAUAUUGUGAUUAAAUCGUCCGAAAAUCUAGUAUUUCUGAUUGCCCAAAGUAUUGUUUCUAUUAUAUUGGCCACAAACAUGGUAUUUUCAAUUAUAUUCAUUGAAAAAGGACAUACGCUAAAUAUUUUAAACCAAACAAUGUCAUGGGUUUUACUGGUUGUUGCUGUAAUCAUUCCAUUAUUGAGUACCACGAAUUUAUCCAACCGCAUUAAAAUAGUUAUGCUGAACAUGGCCUGUCCAUACUUAAUGUUAUCUCUAUCGUAUGAACCAUUGUUCUUGUUGGUUUACUGCAUUAGCCUGUACUGUUGGAUAUUUCUUGAAACCAAACUACAGGCUCAACAAGAGCUUUCCAGAUUUUCAUUUCGAUCAAAUUUUCCUGUUUAUAAAAUUGUUGAUGUAGAAGACAUCCGACGUUCGUUUAUGUUUGUUGUUUACAUUCUAAUUUCGUUUUUCGGUACCGGAAACAUGGCCACCGUAAGUUCAUUUGAUCCCAACUGGGUUCGAUUCUUCGUGACGACCUUUUCUCCGUUUACCAUGGCUGGACUGAUUGUGUUCAAACUGAUCAUCCCUAUCUACAUCGCGAUUUGUGUUCUUAAAAGUUUGCAAAUCAUAACAGCGGUUAAAGCGGAAUCGUUGUUUUUGCUGAUAUUCAUUGCUUGCGAUCUCAUGUGCCUCCAGUUUUUCUACUUGAUUAAAAACACCGGCUCGUGGCUUGAAAUUGGGUCUUCAAUUUCGCAUUUCAUAAUCAUGGAAAGCACAACGAUAAUGUUGCUGCUGAUGUAUGGCUGUGCAAAAUUUUCAACAGAACUGUCGCUUGUCGAUGACAUUAUUAUCCGUCGAGGCUUGCUGCCUUACAGCAGUAAAACCAAUAAAGACUGA